CUUCACCCCUUCAAUCACAUGGCAAGAAAAACUCAGGCUGAUGAUUCAAACACCAAUUUUCAAGAAGAUCUUGUGUUAUCCAUAAAAUGUAUAUCUUCGGAACUUCGCUACAACAGACAUGAAUUUGUUGCCUUCUCACACAGAGCGGACCGGCUGUUUUCUAUAUUGGAGGCCAAGGCAAGGCAGCCCGAUCUUCGCAUCGAUCCUCCAAAAUUCAACGGAGAUAACCCAUCGGGCUGGAUUUACAAGGUGAAAUCGUAUUUCGACUAUUUUCAGUUCUCAGAAGAGGAGCGUUUACGCUUAGUUGCGCUACUAUUUGAACACCCGGCGUCCAAUUGGCUCCGAUACCAACAUGAUAACGAUUUGCUGACGUCGUGGCCUAAUUUCUUGGAGGACGUGAAGUGGAGAUUCGACCCUCCCCGGGUGUUGAAAGUGACAGGUACGAUUUCGGAGGAACAUGUCCAAAUCUUGAUCAGUGGUGGCAGUACACAUAAUUUUAUCCAUCCCGAUAUUGUCAAGAAAUUUGAGUUGCAGGUUACAACAAUCGAUCCUUUCUGUGUGCAUGUGGCCAACCAAUCCUUUCCAUUGGUAUGUGGGCAAAAGUGUAAAAACACCAAGUUAUCUUUUGGAGGACAUGAGACUGUUGUCGGUUUAUUUGUGUUCCACAUUGAUGGUCCGGACGUGGUCCUAGGAGCUCCGUGGCUGAAGAGCUUGGGUGAGAUUAACCGAAACUAUGACGACCACACAAUGGAAUUUAGGCAUAACGAUAAGGUGGUUACGUUGCGCGGCGUUUGGGAGGACGGACGGCAAGUUAUUUUCAGUGCAGUGAAUAUUGCUAAGGGAUACGAAAUGUUGAAGAUAUUGUGA